UCAGAUAUCCAACUGGGAGAACAGCUGUGCUGGUCAACUGGUAACGACACGAUAACCCUAAACUUGCCGAUAUGCCCCUCCGUUUGGACAUCAAGCGGAAGUUGACCGCUCGUUCAGACCGCGUGAAGAGUGUCGAUCUUCACCCAAGCGAGCCGUGGAUGGUGGCGAGUCUCUAUAACGGCAGCGUUUGCAUAUGGAAUCAUGAAACACAGACACUGUUAAGGACCUUUGAGGUGUGUGAUCUUCCAGUGAGAUGUGCCAAAUUUGUGGCACGUAAGAACUGGGUCAUCGCAGGCGCUGAUGACAUGCAGAUCCGUGUCUAUAAUUAUAAUACACUGGAACGUUCUCACCUGUUUGAAGCUCAUUCUGAUUAUAUCCGCUGCAUAGCUGUCCACCCCACACAGCCCUACAUCCUCACCAGCAGCGAUGACAUGUUGAUUAAGCUAUGGGACUGGGAGAGGAAGUGGGUGUGUAGUCAGGUGUUCGAGGGUCACACACACUACGUCAUGCAGAUCGUCAUCAACCCUAAAGACAACAACCAGUUUGCCAGCGCUUCACUGGACAGGACCAUAAAGGUAUGGCAACUGGGUUCCAACUCUCCCAAUUUCACUUUGGAGGGGCACGAGAAAGGAGUCAACUGCAUCGAUUACUACAGUGGAGGAGACAAACCUUACCUCAUAUCAGGAGCAGAUGACCGCCUCGUCAAAAUUUGGGACUACCAGAAUAAAACGUGUGUACAGACCCUUGAAGGCCACGCCCAGAAUGUGUCAUGUGUCAGUUUCCACCCUGAGCUGCCAAUCAUUCUCUCCGGUUCCGAGGAUGGUACAGUGCGUGUCUGGCAUUCAAGCACGUAUCGUCUGGAGAACACACUAAAUUAUGGGAUGGAACGGGUGUGGUGUCUCUGCGGUUUAAAAGGAAUCAACAGCGUUGCUGUGGGUUAUGAUGAGGGCAGCAUUAUUGUCAAGCUGGGGCGAGAGGAGCCGGCCAUGUCUAUGGACAGUAAUGGGAAGAUCAUAUGGGCACGUCACUCGGAGGUUCAGCAGGCCAAUCUAAAGGCGAUGGGAGACGCUGAGCUCAGAGACGGGGAGAGACUGCCCCUCCUCAUCAAAGACAUGGGCAGCUGUGAGAUCUACCCUCAGACGAUACAGCACAACCCUAACGGCAGGUUUGUCGUGGUGUGUGGAGAUGGUGAGUAUAUCAUAUACACAGCUAUGGCUCUCCGGAAUAAGAGUUUUGGAUCUGCUCAGGAAUUUGUCUGGGCCCACGACUCCUCAGAGUAUGCCACACGUGAGGCCAACAACCUGGUUAAGAUCUUUAAGAACUUUAAAGAGAAGAAAUCUUUCAAGCCAGACUUUGGUGCAGAAGGUAUCCACGGUGGCUUCCUGCUCGGUGUGCGGUCCUCCAGUGGACUGGCUUUCUACGACUGGGAGAGAACCGACCUGGUCCGCCGGAUUGAGAUCCAACCCAAACACAUAUUCUGGUCAGACUCGGGAGAGUUGGUGUGCAUCGCGACGGAGGAGUCGUUCUUUGUCCUCCGUUACUUAGCAGAGAAAGUGGCCGUCGCCCUGGAGACCAAAGAGGGCGUGGAUGAGGAUGGGAUUGAAGAUGCAUUUGAGGUUUUAGGUGAGAUCCAGGAAGUUGUGAAGACAGGACUAUGGGUAGGAGACUGUUUUAUCUAUACCAGUUCAGUCAACCGGCUGAAUUACUACGUGGGUGGAGAGAUCGUCACCAUUGCACACCUGGACAGGACCAUGUAUCUGCUGGGAUACAUCCCUAAGGAUAAUCGUCUGUAUCUGGGUGAUAAGGAGCUGAACAUUGUGAGUUACUCUCUCCUGGUGUCCGUGCUGGAGUAUCAGACUGCAGUCAUGCGCAGAGACUUUGCCAUGGCUGACAGAGUUCUGCCUACAAUACCCACCGAGCAACACACCAGGGUCGCCCUCUUCCUGGAGAAACAGGGUUUCAGACCGCAGGCUCUGGCCGUCUCCACGGACCCUGAGCACAAGUUUGAGUUGGCGAUGCACCUGGGAGAGCUAAAGAUCGCCUACCAACUCGCCACCGAGGCCGAGUCGGAGCAGAAAUGGAAGCAGCUGGCGGAGCUAGCGUUAGCACGAUGCCAGUUUGCUUUGGCACAGGAGUGUCUGCACCAUGCCCAGGACUACGGGGGUCUCCUCUUGCUCGCCACGGCCUCAGGCAACGCCAGCAUGGUUGGCAAACUGGCAGAGGGGGCAGACAGGGAUGGGAAGACCAAUGUGGCGUUCCUCACCUAUUUCCUGCAGGGCAAGGUGGACCGCUGCCUGGAGUUACUCAUCAGAACCAAUCGACUCCCAGAGGCAGCGUUCCUGGCACGGACCUACCUGCCAAGCCAAGUGUCCAGGGUGGUAAGGUUGUGGAAGGAAAGCCUCUCUAAAGUGAAUAAGAAGGCAGCUGAUGCCCUGGCUGAUCCCACUGAAUAUGAGAACCUGUUCCCCGGCCUGAGAGACGCGCACCGCGCUGAACUGUACCUGAAAGAGACCCACGGCAGGAGCAGACCCGCCGCACAGUAUCCUUUUGUCACGCCCAACGAGGAUCGGAAUGUUCUGGAAGAGGCAGAGGGUUACGUGCCGAGUGAAUCUCCUGCUGAUUUAGAGGAAGACAGCAUGGCCACUGAAGUCACCCCUGUAGCUCCCCCAGUGGUUGAGGCUGUACCAGCUCCUGUGACGCCUGUGGAAGAGUCCAUUACAGUGGAGAGGGAAGACCCUGCAAUGCCACCUAUGGAAGAGUCCAUUACAGUGGAGAGGGAAGAAGUUGCAAUGCCAGCAGUGGAAGAGUCCAUCACAGUGGAGAGGGAAGACCCUGCAAUGCCACCUAUGGAAGAGUCCAUCACAGUGAAGAGGGAAGACACUACAGUGACAGCGGUGGAAGAGUCCAUUACUGUUGACGAGGCGGAGACCUUAAGUGCCACAGAGACAGGCGUGGGAGAGGAAGUACCUAUUACCAUCACAGAAUCAGAGGCCAUUGUAACAGAGGCUGAACCAGUAACUAUAGGAACACAGGCUGAACCAGUUGCCUUAACAACAGAUGCUGCACCAGUAACCACCACAACAGAGGCUGAACCUGUAGAUGAUACUCUUAUCCAGGAUGAGGAGGUUCCUGAUAUCUCCACAGAGGAUGUGUCAAUCAAAGAGCCCAUCAAAAAAGUGACACCAACUCUGGAAGAUACCAUCUCAGUAGAGGGGGAGCCUGUGGUCACUGAGCGUGCAGAGGAAGAGGCCCUUGCUACCCUAGAAGAGAUGAAAAUGGAAGCAGCCCUUACAGAAGCCAUAGCUUUUAAACCUGUCCCUAUUACCGAGACAGUAUCAGAGACCGCAGUCAGUGAAGCUGUCCCUGUUACCGAGACAACAUCAGAGACCAUAGCAACUGAAGCUGUCCCUGUUACCGAGGUAACAUCAGAGACCAUCACAACUGAGCCUGUUCCUGUUGCUGAGGUAAUAUCAGAAACCAAGGCAACUGAACCCAUCUUGGUUACCACGUCAGUGCCAGAGACCAUAGCAACUGAACCUGUUGCUGUUACCCAGGCAAUAUCAGAAACCCUCGCAACUGAACCUGUCCCUGUUACUGAGGCAAUGUCAGAGACUAUAGUAACACAGUCUGUGGAAAUAUCACAGACCAUAGCAACAGAGCCAGCUCCUAUCACAACACCAGUUAGAAAGCAUGAGUCAACUGCUGAGGCAACAGCAGAUUCUGUGGAAGAACCUGCCCCAGAGGGAGAGGUCGACAUUUUAGUAGCAGAAACUGCGGUUGGUUCUGGAGCAGUGACGGAAACCAUAGCAACAGAGAACAUUCCUAAUGCCGGUGAGGUCAUAGAACCAACUCCAGCACCAAUCAGAGAGGAAGUCACUGCCGCCAUAGCAAUAGAACCUGCAACUGUUGCCAACGCAGUCAGCGAUGGCAAAGUAACUGCCGCAGAAGAGUCUCUGCCCGUCUCUCGAGAUUCAGCGGAGGCAAUGAUCCCACAGGCCACGCCCACAUCCACACCAGCAUCCAAUCCCUCUCCUUCAGUGGACGUGGCCUCAGAACUCACGGCUGCGACUGACAAUCUGAGUCUGGAGCCUGAUGAGGAGGCCCUGUCUGAUCUGGAAAUGGACCUGGAUAACUUCGAGAUAGAUGACGACAUUGACACCACAGACGUGAACCUGGAUGACGACUUUCUGAAUGACUGAGCGGAUGCUGCUUCUCCUGAGCCAGAGACCAAACGCACCCAGACAGCCAGACUGGUUUUACUGGUUUUACUGUGCAUGUUUGUGUGC